AUGCGAAAAGUGAGGGCUCAGCCUAGAACUACACGGCAGGAGCUGAACAUCAAUGCCAUGUUGCUGCUUCGGCGCUGUUCAGGUCUGACUUCGUUUGGUCCCCUCGUGCCUCUAAGACCCCGUGCGUCCGUUGCUGCUGGGUGGUGCGCGGUUCGUCUCUUGGGUGGCAACAGCAAAGACCAGAGAUGGGAGAACGCUGGACACGGUCUGAGCUGGAGACGAGCUUUGGCGGGUCUCCUGGCCGGGACAGGAGCUGUAUUGGCUUACGGCCUUAACCAUCAUAAGGCGGAGCAGGCAGACGCUGUUAGCAUACCAGUCACGGCACAGAACUCCCAAUUUCCCGUCUUCAGUCAAGAAGAGGUCACCAAGCACCGCACACUGCAAGAUGGUAUCUGGGUCACUUUCAACGGCGGCGUCUACGACAUCACCGAGUUUGUCGCGAUGCACCCCGGCGGAGAUAAAAUCCUGCUGGCGGCAGGUGGGGCCCUCGAACCCUUUUGGGCCCUCUAUGCCGUGCACAACCAGGAGCAUGUGCUGGAAAUCCUCUCGGAAUACAAGGUUGGCGAGUUGCGAGCAGAAGACCAGAAGAAGCAGCAAAGUGCGACGUCAUCGGAUCCGUACUCGUCGGACCCCGUGCGACACCCUGCCCUGCGCGUCAACAGCCUUAAGCCCUUUAACGCUGAGCCGCCACCCGAAAUUCUCUCAGACAGUUACGUCACGCCAUCCGCUAUCUUCUUCAAGAGGAACCACCUGCCCGUCCCUCAGGUGGAUCCAGCGUCCUAUGAACUGCAGGUGGACGGCCUACCCGGAGGGGGUCUCAAGCUCUCCUUGGAGGACUUGAAAAGCCGCUUCCCCAAGCACACGGUCACGGCCACGUUGCAGUGCGCGGGCAACCGACGCUCCGAGAUGAACACAGUCAAGCAGGUGAAAGGACUGAACUGGGGCAUCUCUGCCAUUAGUAACGGCGUGUGGGCCGGCGCCCGUCUUCGGGACGUGCUGCUGGCGGCCGGCUACGGUCCAGACGCGGCGCGGUGGGCGCGCCACGUUCAGUUCGAGGGACUGGACAAAGACGUGACGGGGACAACUUACGGCGCAUCCAUCCCUAUACACAAAGCAGUUAGCGAGGAAGGCGACGUGCUACUGGCUUAUGAAAUGAACGGCGAGCCUCUUCCGGCCGACCACGGCUUUCCGGUUCGGGUGGUGGUGCCCGGAACGGUUGGCGCUCGGAAUGUCAAGUGGCUGUCCAAGAUCACGGUGAGCGUAGAGGAGAGCGGUAGCCACUGGCAGCAGAACGACUACAAAGGUUUCUCGCCGACCACCGACUGGGAUACCGUCGACUUUAAGUCCGCGCCGGCCAUUCAAGAACUUCCCGUCCAGUCGGCCAUCACCGUGCCCGCGCAAGGCGCCUCGGUCCCCCGCGCUGACGAAGAAGUGACGGUUAAGGGCUACGCUUGGAGUGGCGGAGGACGAGAAGUGGUGCGCGUCGAUGUAUCUCUGGACGGAGGGAAGACGUGGCAGGUGGCCCGGCUGAGGAGCGGCGACAGCGGGGAAACCCUAGAACCUCCCCCACCGCCGGGGAGAGCCUGGGCCUGGAAGCUUUGGGAACUGACGGCCCCGCUUCCCCCAGAUGCUCGCCAGCUGGAGAUAGUCUGUAAGGCGGUGGACAAUAGCUACAACAUGCAGCCCGACACGGUUGCUCCUAUCUGGAACCUUAGAGGUGUGCUGAGUAACGCCUGGCACAGGGUGAAGGUCACCAUCAGUGACGAUGAACAAUAA